AAUAAUAAAACCAUGUUGUGUUUAAAUGGUGCCUCUUACCCAAAGACCCUAUAGCAUUUAUAGGCAGGAAAAAAUUGCGUGUCUUUUUAUAGCUUCAUGGCUUGUUGAUCUUCAUGGAUUGCUCCUAUAGCUUACAAAACAUUCAUGAAAAAAAUCUAACUUCCUAUUCUCAUAGCUCUCUCAGUUCUUUAUUUCAAAAUACAGCAAUAUAAACAAAUACCUAAAACUGUAAAAUAUUUUUUGAAGGGAUAGGGCCAUAGAGAAUAACAGCUAGAGCUCAGCAGAGUGCAGAUUAUCCCAUAUCUCCAUACUGUGAAGUUCUUGUAUUUCCUCUCAAGUAUCUGGUACUUGCCACUGUCAGACAGGAUAAUGGACUAGAUAGACCUUAGAAAUUGCUAUCCUGGCUCAAAGACCUGUCUGUAUCCCACAAGAUUAGGUAGGAAAAUGUUGAGGUUUAAAUUAAUAUAUCCCACUUAAAUAUUCAUGGAUUGCACUAGUUAUGCAAAUUAAGGAGUCACCGCCUUUUCAUAGUAUAAGGUGGUACAGAAUCAAAACGAUUCUUUCUGGAGAUUUAAAAGAAAAAGCUAGAAAAAUCCAUGUUGUAUAAAAGAAAUGUAAGAUGUGGCCCUCUUUAUUUUCGUAAAAUUGUAGAAACUGAAUAACUGAGGGAGAUCAGUGAUAGAAAUGUAGCCGUGUUAGUCUGGGGUAGUUGAAGCAAAAUGCAGGACAAUGUAGCACUUUAAAGACUAACUCAGGUAUGCAGUAUUCUUUUCUGCCAUCCGUGCCCCUUGUAAUACAAAAAUGUGUUCUAUAUACUGUGGAAAGCCUUUUAUGUACACCAGCAUUUUGAUGGUCACAGUGUUUGUAAAGCAGCAUACACAAAGAUCUUAGUGUGUAUUCUUGAUCACAACACUAGGUGCUCUUUUGGUUUUUUUUUUUUGGUUUUUUGUAUGGAUUCACGAGAGGUUAAUUUCAUCUCACCAGUUAAAGUGAAGACAAUAAAAGUAAAGAUGGUGUGACUCAAUACAGUAUGUGAAGUGGAAUACUAGCAUUUUUACCAGUAGGUCAUUGGUAGGAAACUUUUCCAAGUAAUACUAGCUAAGUUAUGACUCUUAAGUAGCAAGUGUAAACUUUUCAAUGGUUUCUGAAUCCUUAGUGGACUAAUGUCCACAUUACAAGAAUCAUCUUAAGAAUUUUUUCCUUCCCUUAGCUAAACAGGCAGAGAGAUUGUAGCACAGCACCUGAACAUAGCCAAAGUGGAGUGAGGAUAGCUUGCAUUAUAAUGCCUGUUCUGUUUUUGCCCUGUGGAUAAAUAGGAUUUACGUCUCCAAUGCUUUCAAACCAACUUUUUUCACAAGUAUUAAGUUGAUCACUCGUAUCCCAAUCCCUCACUAAAGUUUAAAAUAGACCCACAUGAAGAUAGAUCAAGAAAGUUAUAGGCAUCUGCAGCUCCUAAUCUCUCUUGCCUUUUUAACUUUUUUUCAGUGCCUUUUACAAUCUAAAAUUCUCAUAGCCGCACAUCUGCUUAGUACUCCAAAUGCUAGUAGUAUAUUUUCAUUUCCAGCAGCUGCAACAAGAGAAAUCAAAGUGACUAAUACCUAGCUUUGAAAUUAGAUACCAGCACUAGCUCAUGAUGGGCAGUAGUUAGUGGAUUCCAUGCAAAAGCAGGGCUCUACUCGUGCAUACCCCAUUGCAAGUUCAUAGGCUAGAAUGGUAAAUAUUUUGUAUAUAAAUCUAAAGAGGCUUGUGGCCUAGAACAUUUUUCUUCCCUAAUUUCAGGUUCUUUCAAAGUUUAACUUAGACCCAACUUACUGUUUGACAGAACUGAAAAACAAAACUUCUUAGUAAAUACUGUGUAAUAGACAUUUCACAUUGUCACUUGCUAUGUGCUGAAAAACUCCCUUUUAGCAAUCAUGACAUGCUUUGAUUUUUUGAUGCAUACUGAACAGUAUAAUUGUAGCCCAGAAAAAUGAGGCUUUUCAAACUUUGUAUUUUAUUUUUUUCUGAGAAAAGAUAAAAUCAAACUAAAUUCAGUUUUUAAUAUAUCUACUUCCUUUGAAACCGUUCUUUAAAAGGUUGCACAGUUUAAAGAAAAAUUAGAUCAGUGGCAAUUUUGACAAGGCGUCCUGAUAAAUGUCAGUCAUUGGAUGCAAAAUAAAGGAAUUGCUCUUGGUAGUGCUGCUUUUGGGCACUCUUCUUUUUGAUAAGCACGUUUUCUGAUAAGCACAGUCUGUGAAUGAACACAGAAGCUGAAGUUCUUGCUUUGAUUCUUAACUCUUCCAUUCGGUAUUUGUUUCCUUUAGAUAUUCUAGAUUCAAAAGACACUGCAAGGAUCAAAGCUUUAGGUUUAAUUUAAGUGCAGAAAAUAUCAGAGGAGGCUAUAAUUUUACUUAAGAAAACCAAAACUCUGUGUUAGAAGUCUUAAGUUUAAAUUGGACCUCUUGAUGUAACUUAGUCCAUGUCUACACAAGGAGCACUCUCCUGCUUUAGAAUAUUAUACGGGUAAAGUGUUUCUGUUGAUGCAGCUAUACUGACUGAUAUGUGCUUUGUACUGGUAUAGUAAAACCACAUUUAGGAGAGAGACAUGCUGGCACAGCUGUGUCAGUCAAGAAUGACACCUCUUCCCACCCCUGACUGACACAAGUAUUCCAACAGAAGCUUAUAGUGUAGACUGGCCUCAGUAUGGAUUUGAGUCCAACUUUAAGCAUCCAGUUUUGAAAAACAGAGGUGAUACUAAUAAAAACAAUUACCCUUAUUCUUCAAACACUUGAUUACUGGUACAUUAUUCAUUUCUUGAGAGAGAUAUUGGUCUUUUACAUGAUUUUGUACACUAACUUUUAAUGUUAGAUUGAUCCUGAUUUUUAAACUUUGAAACUAUAUAAACUUUCAAAAUUAUAUAGUCUGUUCUUUGUCUUCAAAGUUUAUAUAUACAAUGAUUGAAAAUAGUUCCUGUUGACAAAGGGAAUGAAGACUGAACAUGGUUUUAUAUCAGUAUUCCUUGCUGUUUGACUGCAGUCCUUUUACUUGUAUUCUCCUAGUCCUCUUCUUUUUGUGUUUGCUAUGCUCAUCCUGGGUCUGUACUUUUUGCCCCGAAUAUCUCAGAUCACGUUUCUGUACAUGGUUCUUUACUAGGAAGCUUGCUGCAACACUAACAGUUAGCAAAUGCAGUUGCCACUUUCUGCUGCUGAGAGCUUAAGAUGUAGACCCAGUAUAAUGGAGGGAAGAAAGCAGAAAAGAAGCAAGAGUCUGCCUCUCCUUUUUAUCCUAUUUCCUUAUCCCUCACAGAACACCUUCAAUCUCAGCAGAGUAACAUGCCUAUGCUCUUUCUGCACACACACCUUUUCCACUGGUGCCAGCAGGAGCAUUAUGACAGUGACAAGAUUCUGCUCUGCUGAUACCACUAAGUGUUUUGUACAAAGGAGCAACUCAGGUACAGAUGUAAUCUUCUGUGGGAUUCCCUGGCUCCUGAAACAAGGUGCAUUCUCCUUCCUCUUUUGGGGAUGAAGCCCCCCCAGCAGAGCCUCUUUCUACUUGUAGAUUCGAUUGAUGAGGGUUGUAAUGUUGCAGAAGGUGAACAGACUUCUACAAGCAUAUCUGGAACUAUUGCAGAGCUUUUAGCUGAUCACUACGAGUUUUUCCCUCCAUGGUUGCUUCUCCUCUGCUCUGCUCGCAAGCAGAGUAAAACUGUUACCAAAAUGUUUACAGGUUUUCGAAAAAUAAGUCUGGAUGAUCUCCGAAAGGCAUAUAUAGUGAAAGAUGUACAGCAGUAUAUUCUCCAUCGCUUAGAUCAAGAAGAAGCACUCAGACAACAUCUCACAAAAGAAACUGCAGAAAUGCUGAAUCAGCUUCACAUCAAAAGCAGUGGUUGUUUCCUCUAUCUAGAACGUGUCCUAGAUGGAGUUGUGGAAAAUUUUAUCAUGCUAAGAGAGAUCCGUGACAUUCCUGGCACACUAAAUGGCCUGUAUCUUUGGCUGUGUCAGAGGCUUUUUGUAAGAAAACAAUUUGCAAAGGUCCAGCCCAUUCUGAAUGUGAUUCUUGCAGCUUGUAGGCCAUUGACUACAACAGAACUGUAUCAUGCAGUAUGGACCAAAAACAUGACAUUGACUGUAGAAGACUUUCAACGCAAACUAGAUGUUCUGUCAAAAGUUCUUGUUGAUGGGCUAGGAAAUACUAAAAUUUUGUUUCAUUACAGUUUUGCAGAAUGGCUGCUGGAUGUAAAGCACUGUACACAGAAAUAUUUAUGUAAUGCAGCAGAGGGACAUAGGAUGUUAGCAAUGAGUUACACCUGUCGAGCAAAGGAGUUGACACCAUUAGAGGCCCAAGAAUUUGCAUUGCAUCUAAUUAAUUCAAAUUUGCAUUUAGAGACUUCUGAGUUGGCUUUGUGGAUGAUAUGGAAUGGCACCCCUGUCAAAGACUCUUUGUCCACUUUAAUCCCAAAAGAGCAGGAAGUACUACAGCUGCUAGUAAAAGCUGGUGCUCAUGUCAAUAGUGAAGAUGAUCGUACAUCUUGUAUUGUACGACAAGCUCUGGAAAGAGAAGAUUCCAUUCGGACCCUGUUAGAUAAUGGAGCUUCCAUAAAUCAGAGUGAUUCAAAUGGGAGAACAUUGUUAGCUAAUGCUGCGUAUAGUGGCAAUCUUGAUGUUGUUAACUUACUUGUUUCUAGAGGAGCAGAUUUAGAAAUAGAAGAUGCUCAUGGGCAGACAGCACUUACUUUAGCUGCUCGACAAGGACAUACCAAGGUUGUCAAUUGUUUAAUUGGAUGUGGGGCUAAUGUAAAUCACACUGAUCAUGAUGGCUGGACAGCACUACGAUCUGCAGCUUGGGGUGGACACACUGAGGUGGUUUCUGCACUCCUUUAUGCUGGAGUCAAAGUGGAUUGUGCAGAUGCUGACAGUCGAACAGCCUUGAGAGCAGCAGCAUGGGGAGGACAUGAAGAUAUAGUGCUGAAUUUGCUACAGCAUGGAGCUGAAGUCAACAAAGCUGAUAAUGAAGGUAGAACAGCUUUGAUUGCAGCAGCAUACAUGGGACAUAAAGAGAUUGUGGAGCACCUCCUGGACCAUGGUGCAGAGGUAAAUCAUGAGGAUGUAGAUGGAAGGACUGCUCUGUCUGUUGCUGCACUAUGUGUACCUGCUAGUAAGGGGCAUGCUUCAGUGGUUAGCCUUUUAAUUGACCGUGGUGCUGAAGUAGAUCAUUGUGACAAAGAUGGUAUGACUCCACUUCUGGUAGCUGCCUAUGAAGGACACGUGGAUGUUGUUGACUUACUUCUAGAAGGAGGCGCUGAUGUGGAUCACACUGACAAUAAUGGUCGUACACCCCUUCUGGCAGCAGCUUCUAUGGGGCAUGCUUCAGUUGUAAAUACUCUUUUGUUUUGGGGUGCUGCUGUGGAUAGCAUUGAUAGUGAAGGUCGAACAGUUCUUAGUAUAGCCUCUGCCCAAGGCAAUGUUGAAGUAGUACGGACUCUGCUAGACAGAGGACUAGAUGAAAAUCAUAGGGACGAUGCAGGAUGGACACCUUUGCACAUGGCAGCUUUUGAAGGUCACAGAUUGAUAUGUGAAGCCCUGAUAGAACAAGGUGCUAGAACAAAUGAAAUUGAUAAUGAUGGACGGAUACCUUUCAUACUGGCUGCACAAGAAGGUCACUAUGAUUGUGUACAGGUAUUACUGGAAAAUAAAUCUAACAUUGAUCAGAGAGGCUACGAUGGGAGAAAUUCUCUUAGAGUUGCUGCUUUAGAAGGUCAUAGAGAUAUAGUCGAACUACUUUUCAGCCAUGGAGCAGAUGUAAACUACAAAGAUGCUGAUGGCCGGCCAACCCUUUACAUCUUGGCAUUAGAAAACCAGCUUACAAUGGCUGAAUAUUUUUUGGAAAAUGGUGCAAAUGUGGAGGCUAGUGAUGCGGAAGGAAGGACUGCACUCCAUGUUUCCUGCUGGCAGGGCCAUUUGGAGAUGGUGCAGUUACUGAUAACAUACCAUGCAGAUGUGAAUGCUGCAGACAAUGAAAAGCGGUCUGCUUUGCAGUCUGCUGCUUGGCAAGGCCAUGUAAAAGUAGUUCGGCUUUUGAUUGAUCAUGGAGCCUUAGUUGACCACACCUGUAAUCAAGGUGCUACUGCACUGUGCAUUGCAGCACAGGAAGGACACAUCGAUGUUGUGCAGAUAUUAUUGGAGCAUGGUGCUGAUCCGAAUCAUGCAGAUCAAUUUGGACGUACUGCUAUGCGUGUUGCAGCAAAAAAUGGACAUUCUCAGAUUAUUAAAUUACUGGAAAAAUAUGGUGCAUCUAGUCUAAAUGGCUGCACUCCAUCACCAGUCCACACAAUGGAGCAAAAACCCUUGCAAUCAGUCUCUUCAAAAAUGCAGUCAUUAACAAUAAAAUCAAAUAGUUCAGGGAGCACUGGUGGAGGAGAUAUGCAGCCUACUAUACGUGGUUUGUCUAAUGGUCCUGCUCAUGCUUUCAGUUCUCCUUCAGAAUCUCCAGAUUCUACAGUGGACCGUCAGAAGUCGUCUUUAUCAAAUAAUUCUCUCAAAAGUUCCAAAAACUCUUCUCUGCGUACUACGUCAUCUACAGCAACUGCUCAAACAGUGCCUAUUGAUAGCUUCCAUAGUAUGUCAUUUACAGAACAAAUACAGCAGCAUUCACUGCCUCGUAGCAGAAGCAGGCAGUCAAUUGUUUCUCCUUCUUCCACAAUUCAUUCCUUAACUCAGAAUCAUAAUUCACCAAGUAGUGAAUUUGAAUGGAGCCAAGUAAAACCCAGUUUGAAAUCAACUAAAUCAAACAAAGGGGGGAAAACAGAAAACUCCAGCAAAUCUGCUGUGAAAAAAAUCAAGCAGACCAGCUCCUCCCAACCUAAAGUUUUGGAAUAUGAAAUGACUCAGUUUGAUAAACGAAUACCGGUCGCCAAAUCUGGGACCAGUGUGCCACCUAAAUCAACGCCAGCAGAACCACAGUGCAAAAUUUUGGUCCCCCCAUCUCAGCAAGAAGUUUGUCGACCUCAGCAGCAGUUUCUAAUUCACCAACAGAGUGGGGAACAGAAGAAGCGAAAUGGAAUAAUGACAAACCCAAAUUAUCACCUUCAAAGCAAUCAGGUUUUUCUUGGUAGGGUUUCUGUCCCACGUACAGGACAGGAGAGAGGACUUCAGGAAGUUUUGGAAGGCUAUCCUCCUGCAGAGACCGAACUAAGCCUUAAGCAAGCCUUAAAACUUCAACUUGAGGGAACUGAUCCAAGCUUCAACUACAAGAAGGAAACACCACUGUAGUAGGCCAAUUCCAUGAUGCUAUGAACAGAAGAGUUUCUGCCUGGAAUGGUUUAAUCAGCUGGCUGGGAUCAAAGCAUCCAAUGCUUGAUAGUCCACCUAGAAAACUAAGAAUGUGAUUACUUCAGUACAGUUACCUUAAUUACUGUAACGUGCCUACAUUUUAAGGCUGCCUUCUCAAUGUAACCCUCUGUGCUUCAGAAGUUUAUUUUGUGUACUUUGUACAUAAUACACAGCACUUUUUCUUAAUUGCAGAGUGUUUCCCUGACAACAGCUGAAAAAUUGUAAGAGCAAGGAUUUUUGAUAUUCUAUUCCAGAAGGCUUGAUAAAUGUGCAUGUGCCACAAAGAACUAUGUAUGGGAGGGCAGUGCUAUUUGUAUUUAUUUUAUUUUCCUGUGGCAAAAGAAACUAAACAUACAGUUUACACCAUAUUUGCAUUGCUGUAUUGUAUGGUCAUUUUCCUGUGUAAUUCAAAAUUUCUCUAAAGAAAACAAAACUGGUAACAGUAUUUGAACUGUGAACUUACAGUACAUGUAUGUUCUGUCUGUAAAACUACUCUGUUUAAUGGUAGAGAUGUGAGAUUAUAAGCAUACACCAUGUGUCUCUGGGAUUUUUUUUUUUUUUUUGGUAAUAAAGUCAAAUUACUACAAUUACAGCAUGAAAUCUGGAUGUGCGGACUGGCUACCACGAAAAUCGAUAGGAGAGCUAUGCAUGUGUAUCCAAGGGCAAAAUUUAGUGCAUACUAAAUAGCCUAGUAUGAUAAAGAAAACUGGAUUAAUUUCAAUAUUAGGUGCUUGAGUACAAUAUGCUAAUAUUUAAGGUCUGAUUCUGCUUUCACGUACACAUUCAUAAGAACUCAGGAAUAAGUCCAUUAAAGUAAGUUAAUUCACUUGUGUGUAAUAUUUGUACAAGAAAGCAAAAACAGGUCCAUCGUAUGCAACAGUGUACAGCAUGACAUUUUCUCCAUUCCCAACGGAUGAAGAUUCAGAACUCUUAACUGUACCUCUCAUAAGUCAUAAAACUGAUUCACGCCUGAAAAUAUAAAGUAUAUCGCACCAUUCUCUAUUACAUCAUCUGACUAUAAGAAAUUAUUACAUAUUUCCUCUAAAGACUUGAAUCCAACUUUUUUUGUAUUGAUAUUCAGUGCAUUCCCUGAAUAGUGUGAUGUAAAGUUAUGAUGAUCUAUUCAUUAGUUUUAAUAAAUGGCCCUUGGAUGCAUAUACAUUGUAUAUUCUUGGACGUGGAAGAUUUUGAUAGCUUACUACUAACAUGAAUAGUCAUGAGAGCAUAAUUAAAUUUGAUUUUUUUUAAAUUGGUGCACCUCUUAUUAAUUACACUAUCAGAUGUAAAAAAAAAAAUCUUUCAUGAGCAUAUGUGUAGUAAAAUGUAAUGUUAGAAGUUGACACCAUAGCAAUAUUGAUAAUUCUGAAGUGAAUGUUUCGAGUAUUUAAUUUCUUGUCCCUGUGGGAUAUUUAUAAAAUAAACACAAUGGAACUCUUGCAGAAUAGCCUUAAGAACGUUAAUGGUUCAGGAAAGAGAGAGUACCAGAAAGUUUUAGUAAACUUGUUAUGAACCUCAAGUAUCGUGUAUUUGCAGUACUGUGCAAGAACACAACUUUUUCUUUUUUUAUUAGGUGUAUGUUUUGUUCUGUAGAAAGAUAUCCCUGAGGACUUACAUUUUUCGUACCUUGACUGUCAUUGGGGUUUUAUUUAUUUAAUUUUAUUGUUUUUGUUACAAAAUGCACAUUGGGUCAGGGGGCAAUGAUAUGGCCAAUUUCACAAUGGGCUACAGUUUCCAGACAGCUUCAGGUUUUUGUAUGAGUAAUAUUUACAGUUGGUGGAUAAACCCUACAUAUAAAUCAUUUGUUGAAAAUUACUUUCAGAUUCAAAAUAGCAGUUCGUGCAGCUUUUCAAUAUUGAGUUGGAAUAAAGCAUGAACUAUUCUGUUAAAAUAUCCACCUUGAUAAAGGUUUGAGACAUUCCACAUUGCUUUUAUAUGUGAUUUUAAUAUCACACCUUAUGUGGUCUGUACUAUGGUAAGAAAGUAAAACUAAUAUCCCUCGAAAGUUAGCAAUUCACUGUGGACUUUUAAAAUGUUGGGUGAUAUCCUGCUGUCUGUACAAUCACACAAGUCAGUGGGCUUGCACACUUGUAACUCGAGUAGAAUUUAGCCUGUGAAAUCUUUCUCCUUUCUAGAUCUUGUUCAUAAUUCACAAUGAGACUAGUUCUAUCUCCUCCUCAUCACAUUUCAUGCAAUCUCUCCAACAAUCAUCUACAAAAAUGAUCACAAAUUCAUGAUGGGAAAGCUAGAGAAAAGAUUGUCUUCUGAAUGAACAUCAACACCAAUAACAUGAACUUACGGAGAUAGUUUUCAAACACGAAAAGGUUGAAAUUUUCAGGUCUAAAAAGAUAUUGAGGCACAGUGUCCUCCUUUUGUCCUCCUUGUGGACCAGUAUUGAAAGUAUUACCAUCGAUUUAAAAAUAAAAGGCUGUUUCCCUCAUCACUCUGCUAUGCAAAUGUGUGUUAUGCUUAAUAUCCUCCAUCUGAUCUGUUCAGUUAACUUGGUUUGAAGAUGGACUUUUUUUUCUUGGAUGGAGUUGUAUAUAGCCUAUAAUGUACAUUGAAUGAAUUUCACAUUGUAAAAUUAUUUUAUUUCUUGUAUUAUAUUAAGCAAAAAACCUUAUGUAUAUGAAAGUGCAUAAUAAAUAUAUUUGCUUUUCA